AUUGACGAUGCUUCUUGGAAGGGCGUUAGUUUUAAUUUUUCUUUACUUGAAUGGCUCGUUAACAGAAGCGAAAAACAAAACUUUGAAGCUGGUACCACGAAAAAUUCAUGACGGAAGUAAAUAUAUCUGGCCGUGGAAAAGUACUGGAGAGUGGACGAAAAAUGAAGGACCAGGAUUAAGAAAGCCAGUUUACUCUGUGUGUGACAUAAAACCUUCAGUAGAACCCAACUUCUGGUUAAGAAGUCACAGAAAUCAUGUUAAAAACGCAACAAGGGUCGACGUAACAUUAAAGUACGCCGUUACUGAAUGCAGAGCAGAUUUCAAACAUUGCAAGGAUAACUUACAAUUAUUCGUCCACAAAACAUUGAAGCGCUAUAACAAUAUACAGAACAAGGUCCCGGAACCCAAUGUUAAUAUUGGAUCUUAUCGAAAAUUUGGAACCACGAAACCAAGAUCCAUGUCCCAAAAUCUCGAUAAGAUAAAUAACGAGACCUACUCUUUCUUCACGAAUCGUUCCAUACCAUACUUCUAUCUUGCCAUUCGAUACCAAGGUGGAUGCUUUCGCUUGUUCGAAGUGAUCUUGAGCUAUUCAUUUUGUUCUUCUAUGGCUUUGUCAUCAAAUCUUGUUCAUCUAACUGAAACGAUUGCACCAGCUAACGGAACAAUACAGGUUGGAGGAUCUUGUGCUCAAAACGCUCAGCCAUUGGCUGAUAAUAUGACCUUGUAUGGAAAUUGCAUGGCUAAUGGUGAAUGGAGUAGUGACGCAAUAGGUGGUGAAUGCUUGUGUAUGGCAGGGUUUGGAAAGUAUUUAAAUGGAACCAGUGCAUCUUGUAAAAAAUGCCCUGAUGGAACAUAUCAAGAUACAGCAAGUAAUGCCUCAUGUACCAAAUGCCCUCUUAACAGCAGAGUGAACUCAAAUCGAACUAUGUGCGCAUGUAAGCCUGGCUAUUACAGGUUUGAUAAUGAAACCUAUAUGGACACCUGUACAGGUCCACCAUCAAAACCUAGAUCUCCAGAAACACCCUUCAUUAAUGCAACGUCUCUACAGCUUUCAUGGUCCUCGCCCUUGGAUCUUGGAAGUAGAUUAGAUAUUUACUAUGAAAUUCAUUGUAAGAAGUGUAACGACGAACGCAAGGAUUGCAUCACAAACUGUACCGGUGCUAAUAUCUCGCAUACUCCAAGAACCAGUAGAAAUGCCACUGUCCAAUUUCUGUCUCCCUAUACUUAUUACGAGUUUAAGAUAUUUGCUAAGAAUGGAAUGUCUAGUUUAGCGGAAAUGAGRGAURRYAGAGAACCACAGUUCRUACCUCUUSCUCGAAGGACUAAGCAAUCAGUUCCAGGAGUCCCGAAAUUACUGAGCCCAGAAAUCAGUUCCACAGAAAUAAAGCUGAGGUGGAAGCUUGAGAAGAAGAACGGGCUUAUUACAUACUAUCAAGUGACAUAUCAUGAGCUGAAUAAGGAGGAGAACACACUUACAAAAAAUACUACAAAGACAAGUAUAAUUAUAAAAGGCCUAAAGCCGCAAAAGACGUAUAUAUUUAAGAUACGCGCAAGUACAAAGGAGGGGCUUGGGAAGCCAGCUUCUAAAAAAUUGACGACAAAGAAAAAAGACGGUGCUGUUCCAAUCAAGAAAGAGCUGUUAAUCGCUAUCGUAGUUGGUGUUCUAGUACUGUUGGUUUUCAUCAUAGUUCUCCUUAUUGUUUGUAUUUAUAAAAGGAGUGGCUCGAGCAAGAGUGGUGAUAUGGGCAAUACAAGCUCUUGGAUGUUUUCAACCGAAAUGAUACCCCUUGAUGACGGCCAAAAGAUGUAUAUUGACCCAAGCACAUAUGGAAGCCCAAUGGAAGCACUGCUCUCAAAUACGGAAGAAAUUGACUGCCAUGAUAUUAAAUUAGAGAAAAACAUCGGAGGAGGCGAAUUUGCUGAGGUAUACAAGGGGAUUCUCAAAAAAGGCACAGACACUGAGGUCGUUGCAGUUAAAAUCCUUAAGCCAAAUGCUUCUUAUAAGAGUAGAGAAGACUUUAUCCUAGAAGCAUCGAUCAUGGGGCAAUUCAAACAUCCCAACGUCAUUGAACUGAAAGGCGUGGUAACACGUAGUCCUGACACACCAAUGAUGAUUGUGACGGAGUUUAUGGAGAAUGGGUCGUUGAAUCAUUUCUUAAAGAUUCAUGAUGGCAAGUUGACAGUGCUUCAGUUACUUGGUAUGGCAAGAGGCGUAGCUGCUGGAAUGACAUACUUGUCUGGAAUAAAUUUUAUACACAGGGACCUGGCAGCUCGUAAUAUUCUUGUAGCUGAUAAUAUGGCAAGUAAAGUGUCAGACUUUGGUCUAUCUCGCGAAUUGAACGAGAGUGAAGAUAAUGAAGAUUCCGAGUACACAACCCAGGGUGGUAAGAUUCCAAUACGGUGGACAGCACCUGAAGCCAUUCGUUACAGGAAAUUCAGCUCAUCUAGUGAUGUAUGGAGCUUUGGGAUUCUUCUUUGGGAAAUAAUGUCAUUUUCAGACAGACCUUACUGGGACUGGGAUAACUUCCAGGUAAUGGAUCGGGUUGAAGAAGGAUAUCGUCUACCAGCACCCAUGGAUUGUCCCAAGUCAAUUCAUAACAUUAUGUUGGACUGUUGGGAAGCAGACAAGAACAAUAGACCAAAGUUUGCUGAAAUCGUAAAAAGACUUGAAGAACUGAUAUUCUCUCCAGAAAAGAUAACUGAUGACUCGGCAAAUGCACGUUACGCAAACACAAAUGUUAGCAUUGACCUCGAAGACGAAACACCGGUCCAAGAAUGGUUGGAGAGCAUCAGCAUGACUCGCUAUGCGAAUUCMUUCRAAGAYGCGGGAUAUGUGGACAUUGCGCAUGUGAAAUUGAUUAAAGACGAUGAUCUCACUAGAAUUGGAGUCAACCUGAUUGGGCACCGCAAUAAAAUAAGCAAGAGCAUUAAGAAAAUGAAAAGAAAAUCGAAAGUUCCCGAACGUGACCAUUUUGCUGACAAAGGGGAGGAAGAAGCUUUUGUUUGAGUUGGGUGAAUGAAAAAUGUCAAAAAAUCUUACAAAUCAUACAAUCAUACAAAUCGUACAAUGAUUCCUUGCACGAUUCGGUUUAUGCUUUGAAUAUAGAUAUUGCUUGGUAUCGACAAAAUUGUAUUCAUUAUAAUCGAUGUGGAGAAAUCUCAAUGGGAGAUAUCUUUUAAGGAUGARRGAUUGACCGUCAUUAUGAGAUGCRCAUGUGCGAGUUGCGAGCAAAAAUACGAGCACUUCAAAGAUCCUUAAAUUGRCAAGGUCAUGGUCGCGGUAUUAACGAGUCUACGCGCUAUAAAAUUAAUGAAUUUGUUGACUGGAAUUUAACAUUUAAAACCGAAGAGAGGAAACUAUUAUAUCUUAUUCACAGAUAAUUCUAAUUUUGUACAAAUGUAUUUUUUGUUCUUAAUAGUAAGGAGGACUAUGUUAGUGUUGUUGAAUUGUUGGCAUUUUGCCAUCGAAGUUGUAUAGUAGCGCUAAUCUUUCGUUUUAAUAAAUUGUUUGCAAAAAAUAUGGAUGUUGAUUGUCCGGCUUUUCCAAGAAUGCGGUUACGAUAUAGCUUUCUAGCCUCAGCCACAUCUAGACAUCUUACGGGCACAGCGGCAUGCAAAUGGUUGAUGUCAUGCAAGCAAUUAAUCGUAAUCGCGAUUUUCUCUCUCCGUACACA